CUCUGAAGCCCGAAUUUCCAGUCUACUCCCGGGGAUAAAAUGGGUGCUGAAAAUUUGAUGUUUGCCACAGGAACUAUCAAAGGGAGGCGCGGACCCUAAAAUACCACCUCGACCGAUUCUAACUUCCACACUUCUUCGCUCAGUUCGAGUCAAAUCACCAUGGCCGCCAAAGACCAGCCGGGGGUGUUCGAGCUACCGGCAGAACCGGUGAUGGUCCUUCCCUCUCUCCCAGCUGCGGACAUUGGCCCAAGCGGCGUGAAUUUGAACGAUGACGGUCGCGUGAGUAUCGACUGGGACUCCAGAUUCGUGCGAGCAUUCUCCAAGUUGUACAGUGGUCCUUUUCUAGGACGGCCUACGACACCCCCGCCAGACUACUCCGAGCUGCCCCCCGAACCAGCUGAUGCUACAAUACAAAUCCCUGGGAAUCCACCGCCAUAUCCGGAGUCUGUCGUCGAAAUUAAGAAGAGCUGGAAGGUCCAGCUGAAUAUUGUCGUCCAAGUCGUCGGGAGCCGAGGUGACGUGCAACCAUUCAUUGCACUUGGAAACGAACUGCAGAGAUACGGGCACCGUGUACGACUAGCUACGCAUGAUGUGUUUGAGAGUUUCGUCAGAGACUCUGGAUUGGAAUUCUUCCCAAUUGGAGGCGAUCCAGUCGACCUGAUGGCGUACAUGGUCAAGAACCCCGGCCUGGUUCCGAGUAUGGAGAGGCUAUGGGCAGGCGAUAUCCAGCGCAAACGCAUCAUGUUCCGCGAGAUGUUGGACGGGUGCUGGAGAUCCUGCAUCGAGCCUGAUAUGCAUACUCAAAUACCUUUUGUUGCUGAUGCGAUUAUCGCUAACCCACCAAGCUUUGCUCACAUCCAUUGUGCGCAGGCGCUGAGCAUCCCAGUGCAUCUGAUGUUCACUAUGCCCUGGAGCAGCACGAAGGCUUUUCCACACCCACUAGCGAAUAUGAGGGGUGGCGAUGGAGACGAAAGCUUGAAGAAUUAUGUCUCUUACGGCGUGGUGGAUUGGCUUACAUGGCAAGGACUGGGCGACGUGGUCAACCAAUGGAGAAAAGACCUCGACUUGGAAGAAGUGGCCACAUUUGAAGGCCCUCACCUUGCAGAAAUACUACAAGUCCCAUUCACAUACUGUUGGUCCCCAGCGCUUGUCCCCAAGCCUCGGGACUGGCCAUCUUAUAUCGAUGUUUGCGGUUUCUUCUUUCGCGAUACCCCGAAAUACGACCCUCCAGCUGAUCUAACAGCCUUCCUCGCAUCUGGCCCUCCACCGGUUUAUAUAGGGUUCGGUAGUAUCGUACUGGAAGACCCGGAGCGGAUUAAUGCCAUUAUUACCAACGCUGUAGACGCAGUUGGUGCGCGUGCGAUCGUUUCCAAAGGCUGGUCCAACUUGGGAGGCGCACACCACAGCAACAUCUACUCCAUUGGGGAUUGCCCUCAUGAAUGGCUGUUCGACCACGUGGCGGCUGUGGUGCAUCACGGAGGGGCGGGAACGACAGCUUGUGGUUUGCGAAAGGCCAAGCCAACGCUUAUUGUUCCCUUCUUUGGAGACCAGCCAUUCUGGGGCGCCAUGGUCGCUGCAGCCGGUGCUGGACCUACCCCCAUCCCUCAUAAGCAGCUCACCGUCGAUGCGCUCGCUGCAGGUAUUCGCUAUUGUCUCAGCGAACACGCAGCGGAAGCAGCCUCAGCGAUUGCUCACAAAAUGAGCUCAGAGUCGGGAAUUCGCGCCGCGGUCUCGUCAUUCCAUCGGAACCUUCCCCUCGAGCGUCUGCAGUGCGAUCUAUAUCCAUCCCAGCCGGCCGUGUGGUCUGUAUCUGUACCCAAGAGUCGACAAAAGGUCAAGCUUUCAAAGUUCGCCGCAGAGACAUUAGUUGCUGACGGAAUGAUCGACAAGAAGAAUCUCACCAUACAUCCUAUUAACCCCAUACUGAUUGAAAACCGUCGAUGGGAUCCUAUCACGGGCGGAGCCUCUGCCCUAAUCCGCACCACCACCGACCUCACUGGUUCGCUUUUAGGAACAUUUUACAAGCCUGUCCAGGAGUAUCAGGAUUACCACGAGCAUCGCAAGGACCAGCGAGUGAGCAGUAGGUCUAGCCAGGUCUCUCACAGGCCCACAAGCAGCGCAUCCUUCGGGUCCACGUCGAAGGAUCUCGAGAAGGAGAAGGUGGCUGCGGGUGCUGGUACGGAGAGUAGCAAUACUACGCCACGAUCUAAUCAAGGCGGAGGAAGGCUUGUCGCGAGAGUUGCCGGUGCCUCCGCUAAAAGCCUGGGCAGCUUCGUCCCCACCGCUCUUAAGGGAAUGACCGUUGACAUCCCGCUUGCGCUAACCGAAGGACUGCGCAACGUCCCUCGAUACCACGGCGAGGAGCCCCGGGAUCACGGUCCAGUUACGGACAUCAAGAGCGGCUUUGCUGUUGCGGGGAAUGGGUUUGUGUGGGGGAUGGCAGAGGCCGUUAGUGACAUAGUCGUCAAGCCAUACCAGGGGAUGCAACAGGAUGGCACCAAAGGUGCGGUUAAAGGAAUCGGCAAAGGCAUGUCAAAUAUGGUGUCUAAGGCUGGUUGUGCCAUGUUUGGGGUCCUGAUAUAUCCGAGUGCGGGGAUUGCGAAGAGCUUGCACGCAUCAAUUCAUUCAAGGACGAGGAAGUUGAUUGUCAAGUCCCGCUGUGGCGAAGGUGUAUGGAUGCUGGAGGGCGGGCAAUACACGGUCACGGACAGGGACCAGGUCGUUCGUGGAUUUCGAGAAAUAUUGAACCGUAAGAAAGGCUGAAUUGUCUGCAGGAGUCAUGGAGUCUCGGGAGUUUUGUACUUUCAUAGAGCGCAAAUAAUACCAGCCAG